GUUGGUUCUAUCAUUUCUCCUCAUUCUUACUUUGCUUUCCACUUUAUCUCGUUCUUUCUUCUGCUCCAUCUCUCUUAGAUUAGCAUAAUGAGCAAACCCUAGAUAUGGCGUCGCUGUUGUUCUCUUCCUCUGCGCUUGCAAUCUCGCUGUUGAUUCUGUUCUGUGUCGCCGUCGUCCACUGCGGGAUUCCGACGACUCUGGACGGGCCGUUCGAGCCCAAGACGGUGCCGUUCGACGAAAGUUUGCGCGGCAACGCCGUCGAUCUGCCUGGCGCCGAUCCUAGAGUUCGGAGGCGAGUCGAAGGAUUCGAACCGGAGCAGAUAUCGGUUGCUCUCUCCGCCACCUAUGAUUCCGUUUGGAUUUCUUGGAUCACAGGGGAAUCCCAAAUUGGAUAUGACAUUAAACCAUUAGAUCCUAAAAGUGUUUCUAGUAUUGUUUAUUAUGGGAGGGUAAGGCAGCCAAUACUACAUCAUGAAGCCAGAGGCUAUUCUCUUGUUUACAACCAACUUUAUCCUUUUGAAGGCCUUCAGAACUAUACCUCAGGAAUUAUUCAUCAUGUUCGCCUGACAGGGUUGAAACCUAGCACAGUGUACUACUAUCGGUGUGGGGAUCCUUCUAUUCCUGCUAUUAGUGAAAUAUUCUCUUUCAAGACUAUGCCUGUUUCUGGGCCAAAACAUUACCCUAAAAGAAUUGGAAUUGUGGGGGAUCUGGGUCUCACAUACAAUAUGACAACCACCAUUAAUCACUUGAUUGGUAACAAACCUGAUCUCAUGUUAUUGGUUGGUGAUGUGACUUACGCAAAUCUGUAUCUCACAAAUGGGACUGGCUCCGACUGCUACAGUUGUGACUUUCCACAUACUCCCAUACAAGAGACCUACCAACCCCGCUGGGAUUUUUGGGGAAGGUUCAUGCAGAACUUGAUCUCAAAAGUUCCAAUGAUGGUGGUAGAAGGGAACCAUGAAAUGGAAGAACAGAUUCAAAACCAGACAUUUGUAGCAUACAGAUCUCGGUUUGCAUUCCCAUCAGAAGAAAGUGGGUCUCAAUCCCCAUUCUACUACUCGUUCAAUGCGGGGGGGAUACACUUCUUGAUGCUUGGGGCUUAUAUAGACUAUAAUAAAACAGGUGAUCAAUACAAGUGGUUAGAGAGGGACUUAGCUAAUGUCAACAGAUCUGUCACACCGUGGUUGAUAGCUGCUUGGCACCCACCGUGGUACAAUUCUUAUGCAGCCCAUUACAGAGAAGUGGAGUGUAUGAGGAUGGAAAUGGAAGAUUUACUCUACUCUUAUGGUGUUGAUAUAGUCUUCAAUGGACAUGUUCACGCUUAUGAGAGGUCAAAUCGAGUUUAUAACUAUACAUUAGAUCCGUGUGGUCCUGUCUAUAUUACCGUGGGAGACGGGGGCAAUAGAGAGAAGAUGGCAAUUGAACAUGCUGAUGGACCGGGUAACUGCCCAGAACCUUCAACAACACCAGAUCAACACGUGGGGGGAUUCUGUGCAACAAACUUUACUACUGGUCCAGCAACAGGUAAAUUUUGCUGGGACCGGCAACCUGAUUUCAGCGCCUUCAGGGAAAGCAGUUUUGGCCACGGAAUACUAGAGGUGAAAAAUGAGACGUGGGCGCUUUGGACGUGGCACCGGAAUCAGGACUCGGUGAGUAAAACCGGGGACAAGAUUUAUAUAGUGAGGCAGCCUGAUAAAUGCUCUAUCCGCCCGGUGGCAACUAAAAGUUGGUUUCCGGCCAAGUGACCUUUCAUAGAUGUGUCGUCUAGUAUAGAAGCCUCGCAGUUUUGACCAUCACAAAUAUUUUUGUUACGAGAUUCUUAAAACUUAUAUUUGGAUUCAUGGAAAUGCUGAAUUUCAAAGAAAUCUCAAAUGUAAGGAUGGGAUUGUGCAGCAUCUGGCUGCAUUUGACACGGCUUGUCGUUUGCAAUACUGCAGAAAUCUCACGAGACACCAUAUUCCCGUACUACUUGACACUGCCCUGGCUACACUGUUUUGGUCAGUGGUUAAAGAAGACAAUGAGGUUGUGAUUUCAA